UCGCUAUUCUGAGACAAUUAAUUUUGUAACCCCACAAAAUGAAGUUUAUUGAUGGCAUUGCAGUUUUCUGCAUCAUCUGCGGAAUAGCUGACGCAAAAUGUAUCAUUUCCAAAGAAAACGACAAAGUCGCACCUUGGCCAUCUAAAGUUGUUUGGAUUGGCGACUCUCUCACCGCGUACUGGAUGAACACCGGUCGAGCAGUCUGGGAUCGUCACUAUGCGGCCUUAGAAUCCGUCAAUACUGGAAUAUCCGGGGCCCCAUCGACCCUCAACAUCCAACAAGUUGAGCGAGACGGAAUUCUGGAUGGCCUCAACUCCUCCGUCGUUGUGAUCAUGACUGGAGGCAACGACUUGAAACAGCUCCACUUACCGGGAACCAUCAUUGCAAACGUGACGACGUUAGUCGGUCUCGUUAAGGAGAAACUACCCGCCGCCAACGUCCUGCUCCUCGGUCUCCUCCCAGCUGAUCUACCCGACCUGGUCAUCGAAAUUGGGAAAGUGAUCAAUGCCGGAUACGCAAGAUUGGACAAUGGCAAUGAUAUACGAUUUUUGGAUAUGACGAGACAGUUUGCAGAUGCGAAUGACAGACCUUUGCCAGAACUUUACACCAGCGACGGAGUACAUCUGUCAUCCUUGGGAUAUGACAGAUGGCAGGCGACUAUGAACCCAUUAUUUCAAGAGCUGCUUGGCUAAAAAUUUUGCUACGUUGACAGCCUUAAGAACUAACUAAUCAUAUCUAAAAUGUUUUAAAUAAUUUGAACAACACUUAUCGACCAAAGCAAUGAUUAUUCGUCUAGAAGCUAUUUACAUAAAUUUUCACUCAUUA